ACUUUGAACUUAGUCACAUGACUAGGUCACAUGAUUAGUUUUCAAAAUGUCGGACGAAGUUGAGGAAUAUGAAAGAAGUAGCUGGUUAAGCCCUAGCAGUUGGAUCAAAUGGGUCCCUACCUCUAUGGGAUUCCUCAGGGAGGCAGAACAGAGGAUUCUUCAAUAUUUUGAUGAUCGAAUGCACAAAGAAUAUGUGUACAUUCAGGAUAAAUCAAAGCGAUUAUGGACAGUAAAGAUGAACACAGACAGUGAAAAUACACCUUUAGUCAUGAUCCAUGGCUUUGGCUCAGGAGUUGGCCUUUGGGCACUGAACUAUGAUGAUUUGAGCCAAAAGAGACCUCUAUAUGCUUUUGAUGUACUUGGCUUUGGCAGAAGCUCAAGGCCAUCAUUUCCUACAGAUCCACAUUUAUCAGAAAUGGAGUUUGUAAAUUCAAUAGAGGAUUGGAGAAAAGAAAUGAAACUUGAUAAAUUUAUUCUGCUGGGACACAGUUUUGGUGGUUAUAUCGCAACAGCUUAUGCAAUACAACAUCCUGAGAAUAUCAAACAUUUAGUCCUAUGUGAUCCCUGGGGAUUCCCUGAACGUCCCCAUGAAAGUGGCAGGCAGAGUUCUCUACCCAUAUGGAUCAAAGCAAUCGCAACAUUGAUGAAACCAUUUAAUCUCCUGGCAGGUCUGAGAGCAGCUGGUCCCUGGGGUCCAAAUUUGGUUGCGAAAUUCCGGCCUGACCUGAAAAGAAAAUUCUCCCAUCUUUUUGAGGAUGAUACAAUCUUCAGCUAUAUUUACCAUUGUAAUGCACAAACACCAAGUGGUGAAACUGCCUUCAAAAACCUGUCAUUUGCUUUUGGUUGGGCCAAGAAUCCCAUGAUCAAGCGCAUCAAUGACCUCCACAGUGAUGUCCCUGUCACCUUUGUUAAUGGGUCCAAGUCUUGGUUAGACAAAGAUAUAGGACACCAAAUCAAAUACCUCAGAAACGACUCGUAUGUUGAGGUUCAGAUGAUAAAGGGUGCUGGCCACCAUGUGUAUGCAGACAGAUACCAGGACUUCAAUGACACUGUUAAUGAGAUAUGUGAUAGCGUGGACAAUGUUGGAAUCGAUGGUGCCAAUGGACAGAGUAAUAGUGAGAUUGAUUCAGACAGUGCCCCUGUGUUUGACAUUUACACAAAUGAAGAAGUCAGUAGAAGCCAGGCAGACAGUAACUUAUGAUGAAAUCUUCAAGAUUUGAAAAAGAGAAAUUAAUACAUGUACAGGGUGGUCAAAAAACUGGAAACCCU